AUGCUGCGUCGCAAUGCGCGGCUUCGCAAGGAAUAUCUCUACAAGAAGGCCUUGGAAGACAAGGAGGCCACGACCUUCGAGAAGAAGCGCAAGCUCCAAGAGGCCUUGGACAGCCAGAAGCCGAUCCCCACAGAAUUGCGUGGAGAGGACAGGAAGCUCCGCAAGGUCUUGGACUUGGCGGACGACCGGACGAAGGACCAGCGCAAAACCAUGGACGACGAAUAUGCUUACCUCGGCGUCAAGGACCCAAAGGUGCUGGUCACCACCUCACGAGAUCCGUCCUCACGCUUGAGCCAAUUCCUGAAAGAGCUCCGGAUGUUGUUCCCCGGAGCGCAGCGAAUGAAUCGCGGCAGCUAUGUCGUGAAGGACCUAAUGCAGCUGGCCCGGUCGCACGAGAUGACGGAUGUGAUCUUGGUGCACGAACACCGUGGCGAGCCCGACGGUAUGGUCGUUUGCCACCUACCCUUCGGGCCCACGGCCUACUUCGGUUUGUCCAACGUGGUGCUGCGCCACGACCUCGCUGAGAAGCCACCGGCCAUGUCUGAGGCCAGCCCGCACCUUGUCUUCCAUGGCUUCACAGCCAAGACUGGGCUCCGGGUGAAGACGAUUCUACAGGCACUCUUCCCUCCGGCAAAACAAGCCGGUGACAGGGUCAUGACCUUUGCGAACCACCACGAUGUGAUCCAUUUUCGGCACCACAGCUUUGCAAGGCCAAAGGGUCCAGGUGGCGAAAGCCAUCGCUCCCGGGCGAAGAACGUGGCUCUAACAGAGAAUGGGCCCCGAUUCCAGAUGAGGCUCUUUCGUGUGGAGCUUGGGACGAUCGACAUGAAGGAUGUCGAGGUGGAAUGGGUCCUCCGACCUUACUUCAACCGACAGAAGGAAGCUUUGGCUUUGGAGGAAGAGGAGCCCAAGACCUGA